UCUGCAACCUCAGUUCAAUCGUUCAUCAUGGUCGCGAAAGUCGUUCUAGCCACUCUUUUGGCCCUUGCCCCGUUGGGCUUGGCGAUUGAUCCUCCUAGACAGCCGCAUCAACCUGUUGGUGAGGGGGAUCGCCUUCUGACUUUCAAUGAGACCAGCCCCAGCGCCAAAUUGAGGCCUACUACUAUGUCUGUAGAAUGGUCGUCCGCUGGGCAAGACGGAAACUACAUUGUUCUCAGCGACGAUGGCGAUCUUGUACUCGAAGACAUCGUCAGCGAAAAGACAACAAAGUUCGUCACGGCUGAUAAACUUCCCAAGGAUCUGCACGAGUAUUGGAUCAGCGGUGAUGCGAAGCGCGUCCUCGUCUCGUCAAACUACACCAAGCAAUAUCGAUACUCUUACUUUGCUGAUUACUUCAUUCUUGAUGUUGAGUCUGGCGAGAGUGAACCUCUUGUGAAAGAUCAGGUUGGUGAUAUUCAGUAUGCGCAGUUUGCGCCGGGUGGAAAGGCUGUUGCGUUCGUGCGGGGCAACAAUCUUUUCAUUCGUGAUGCUGAAGGCAAGGUUGAUCAGAUUACGACUGACGGAGGGCCUGAUAUGUUCCAUGGUGUACCUGAUUGGGUGUACGAAGAGGAAAUCUACGGUGGACGCUCGGCGCUUUGGUGGUCUCCUGAUGCCAAAUUCCUUGCAUUCCUGAGCUUCAACGAGACUGGGGUUGGGACCUUCACUAUUCCUUACUACAUGGACAACCAGAAGCUUGCUCCCACAUACCCUCGCGAGCUAGACCUUCGAUAUCCCAAGGUCGGUUCCAAGAACCCUACCGUCGAACUCAACAUUCUCAAUCUCUCGGAUCGCGAGUACAAGCCCGUUCCCGUCGAUGCGUUCGAGCCUGAGGAGCUCAUCAUCGGCGAAGUUGCUUGGGCCACCAAGGAUCACAGCUCUCUCAUCUACCGAGCCUUCAACCGUGUUCAAGACCACGAUGCUCAUGUUGUCGUCAACCCUGAGACGCUCAAGUCAAAGGUCGUUCGGGAGCGAGAUGGAAGCGAUGGGUGGCUUGAGCAUACUCUUUCGAUUUCUUUCGUUGGGCCUUUAAGUUCCAAGAAGAAGGAUACUUACUACGUUGAUGUUUCUGAUGAGGAUGGUUGGAAUCACAUUUACCUGUAUCCUGUCAAGGGCGGAAAGGCUAUUCAGCUUACUUCUGGUGAAUGGGAGGUCUCUACUAUUCUCAACAUCGACACUGCCAAGAAGCUUGUUUACUUCCAAGCUUCGAAGCGACACUCCACCGAACGACAUGUCUACAAAGUGUCAUGGGAGACCAAGAAGAUUACUUCUCUGGUUGACGAUACUACCCCCGGUUACUGGUCUGCAUCGUUCUCUUCAAGCGGUGGUUACUAUAUUCUUCAUUACCAGGGUCCCGAUGUUCCAUACCAGGAGCUCUACACUACCAACACCACGAGCAAACCCGUCCGCACACUCGUUGACAACAAGGCUUUCUACAAGAACAUCACUCAGUACAGCAUGCCCAAUAUCACAUACUUCGAACUCAAGCACCCUGAUGGAUAUACUCUGAACGUCAUGCAACAACUUCCCGUCAACUUCGACCCCGCUAAGAAGUACCCCGUUCUUUUCACUCCCUACGGCGGCCCUAACUCCCAGCGUGUCGCUAAGUCUUUCCAGUCUCUAGGAUGGAAGUCUUAUAUUUCGUCUGAUCCUGAGCUUCAGUACAUCGUUUACACUGUUGAUAACCGUGGAACUGCCAUGCAAGGCCGCAAGUAUCGCUCGCUUGUUACGUCUCAGCUUGGAAAGCUUGAACCUCUUGAUCAGAUCUGGGCUGCUGAACAGCUUAUUGAGAGAUAUAGCUUCAUCAACGCUGAUAAGAUCGGAAUGUGGGGAUGGUCGUAUGGUGGAUAUCUCACAGCCAAGACCGUCGAAGCCGACUCUGGAGUAUUCAGCUUCGGUCUCAUCACCGCACCUGUAUCAGACUGGCGAUUCUAUGAUUCUAUGUACACAGAGCGCUACAUGAAGACUCUCGACGAGAACAAGGAUGGAUAUCUCGAGACAGCAGUUCACAACGUCAACGGCUUCAAGAACCUCGCCGGCAGCUUCAGUAUUCUCCAUGGCACUGGUGACGAUAACGUUCAUUACCAACAUGCUGCUGCUAUGAUUGAUCUUCUUGUUGGUGCGGGCGUAUCGCCUGAGAAGAUGAAGAUGUUUGCGUUCACGGAUAGUGAUCAUAGUAUUGUGUACAAUGGCGCUUCGCCUUGGAUCUAUAAGUAUCUUACUGCGAGGUUGUAUGAUGAGGUUAAGAGACAGCCUAAGGCCAAGGCUUUGACUCAUCAGUGGAACAAGAGACGGGUUGAGAUUAUGGCCUAGAUAGAGUCUUCGAGCCCUGUAGAUUGAUAGAGUAAUAGAGUCUUCAUGAG